AUUUGAAGUGAAUUUGUAAAACAGUUUACCAAUUGUUUAUCAUUGAAUGUUUUCAUUAAAAAUUGAGCAAACUGAAAAUGCGAUCUACACAACAAAUAAUUUAGUUUUGUUGUAAUCUUUAGUGUCAAUUAAAGUGUUUUGGCAAGAAAAUGACAGAUCCUUGGCUAGUUCAAAACUCAGGCCAACAGAAUAAUUCGGUUGAGAACGGUACAAGGGAAAACGGUGUGCAUCAACAGCAAGGCGAGGAAAAGCUUGAACAAGCGCCUUUGGAAUUUGAGGACAAUUUCGCACCUACUCCAGCAAAAAACCAGAGCGAUAAACCGUCAACUUCAACAAAGAUUGACGGAAUCAAUAGACCUGAACAUUGCCUUGAACCUUUGCCCGAUUCUGACAAUUACUUACGUGGACUCGAAAGAAAAUUGCAAAAAAUAAAAAAAGGUGCUAAUUUAGUGGAAGCCCUAACUGAAAAGCGUAACGACUGUCUUCGUCACCUACUGAAUAGUAGUGACGCCGAUAACAACAAUGAAGUGUUAGCCUUAGAUCAACCUUUGAACAACAUUGAAUUCUAUAGACAUCUUCAACCAGUGCAGGCUUUAUCUGUUGGUGAACUGGUCCAUAUUGUCAAACACGAUCAGUUACAGCAGGAUCCAGCCCAAAAUACGUCCGACCAGAAUCAAGAAUUGGAUGAAGAAGACAAAAAGGAAAUAAAAUAGUAUUAGAAAGUUAAUUGAAAAUGAAUACACAAUUCGGCGAAGUUUUUCUCUUUCUAACCGAUUUGGCUUGGAAAAGUAGAA